CGCAAACAGGUUUGAUGGUUGCAAGUACUCCUGGUGGCGCCAGCCAUAGUACCCCAGUUGUACGAGCACCAGAAACCAGCAGGGUGGCAGAUGCCAGACAAAGUAUCACCACUCUGCAAAUAGUCAAAGAUAGCACCGGAAGUGCCUGCCGUAGUACUCCGGAUGACCAAGGCAAGGUAUAUGCAAAUAGUGGAAGCGUACGAAAAGAUGCAGACAGAUCGUGCAGCCACCGAAGCAAAAAAACGGAACCAUUCUCAUAAUGAGGGCGCCCAUAGGGCCCUUACAAAGAAGGCCAAGCGAUCAGGUUAUGCGGAGUCCGCAACACCCUUGAAGCAACGUAAUUUUAGUUACGUCGCCAGAGAUCACCUACAGUCGGCGAUUAUUGACGAAAAUAGCAGGGCACCGCUAGCAGUCCAGCAGAAAUGGGUGGAGAUUGAAGUGAAGCUGUCGAGCCUCGUAAUGAACUACGUACUCGACAACCCCGAUGGUCCUCACCCAGAGUUCGACUCAUCGGAAUCCCUACGGGGAUACCGGGUAGUCAAGUGCGCGGGCCAGUUCUCCCUGGACUUCCUUGCUGUAUGCGUCGCUAAGAUCAGCGACACUUUUGUCGGCAUGAAGCUCAAGCUGAUAACAGCUAAGGACAUUCCAAGGAGGCCACGUGGGCGCAUUUGGCUGCCGCCGAUGGACGAACUAGGCGAAAAGUUGCUGCGAUGUAUUAAGCUGCAGAACAAAGAUAUACCUGCGGUUGAGAAAUGGGAGCUUAUAAAGGUUGAAGAGCCGAGGAAGCCUUCAAAUAAGCCCAUGAUGCUAGCCAUUUGUACGGAAUCUUUAGAAGCCUUAGAAAAGGCAGACUACCGGCUUCGCUUUGGUAUCCGUAAGGCCAUAAUGCGGGUUUAUGGAGCUGGUGAGCUUCGCAUGCGUGUAAAGCUGACGGAUGACCCUAAACCGGAGAGUUAAACUAGCCCAAAUAAAGCUGCAGCACUCACAGUGUGCCACAGAUAAUCUAGCUGUUCUCCUCAGUGAGGAGGAUAUAGACAUUAGCCGAAUACAAGAGUCCUUGGUCAAGCACGAGGCAGUCAUGGGACUAAAUAUAAAGAGCUACCAACUCUACAAUAAGAACAAGCAGACACAACACUUGUUACUUUGGAGACCGCCGGACAGCCUAUUGUUGCAUCAUAAAUGGCCCGUUAUAGGGACAGGGCGCCAACCAAAAUCAAGGAUAUAAUACUCAAAAACCCCAGACAAAUCAUUGUUGUCCAGACUGGCGUAGUACU